GAAACUUUUGGAUUUUUUGUUGGCGAUGCUUCGGGCGUUGAUGCUGUGAGGCGCAGGUGCCGGAUGGAGAGCUUUUCCAGCUUUCCUCCAGCCCUCCGCCCGAAGGCGGCAAACCUGGCCAAGUGGUUUCCAGAGGUUCUGGCGGUCCUUGGCGCCCCAGACUUGGAGGAGAGCUUUCAUCAGGGACAUUUGCAGGUGAGUGAAAGCUCUACUUCCAAAACUCUAGAGGUCAUACUUCCAAAGAAGGAGCAGCCUCGCAGUUCGGAGGGCGCUCAGCAAAGCCCCAUCGGCAUCCAUGAGCGUCUUGAUCGAUUGGAUAGACUCGCAGCAGACUUUGAGUCGCUGGCGCUUCAACUGCAGAUCCUCAAUACUCGAGUGAUGUGCAGUGAAAGCCAGUCCGAAGUGCAGUCCAGCUCUACAACUCUGGAUCAAGGAGGAAGGUGUUCGACCGUCGAGAGCCGUUUGGAUGCAGCGACCGAAGAGUUGCUGAAGCUCACCGACAUGCUGAAGGCCAGGGAUGUGCAGAGUGCAGGCAGCACAGGCAGCGCGGGCAGCGCAGGCAGUGGCAGUGCAGACACGCAGCAUGACGUGCGCGAUGCAAAGAUCGUGCCCUUGAAGCCGCUGAAAAUGGUGGAACAGGCACGAGAAGCAGUCAGGCCGAUGCUCAGCCCCCGCUCCGCUCGCGGUCGAGGGGGCCAGGCCCAGCAAGGUGGAGAACAACGAAACUUGGGAGUGGGCAGGACGAGAGCCAACAAGGCGGACUGGAAGGACAAACUGAAGAUCGAAGUCACCAAGGUACGAGAAAUGCCCGAAGGCGACCCGAAAUCGCCGAAAGGCAAAGGAGCUCCUGCGCAGGUCUGGGGUGGUUCGAAGUCUGGUGGCGCAAGCCCGCAACGUGCAUCUGGAUCCCCUUCCUCAAUGCAGGCCCGGAUUGAGCAGAAGCUGACCAUGAUGCUUGGGCAACCACCUUCACAUCGUCUUCCUGCUCGGCGCAAGACACUACCCGCUUCGGCGUUUGACCGCAGCAAAAUUGCGGAGAUGGCAGCAAAGAUGCCUGACCUGACUGAAUCGUGAUUCAAGAGCUUCUGUGGCAGCAUAAGAGAGACCUGUGUAGAAUGAGACGCAAUGAUAAUAAGAAGAACCAAGGUCCAAAGCAGGCACUGGCAUCGCUACUAGGAGCAAAGGACGCUACUAGGGCCUCCUGGCCUUAGUACUAGGAACUAGAAGCUACUAGCGGCUCCUGGCAUGCUACUAGGAGCAAGGACGCUACUAGGGGCUCUCUGUUCCCUGUUGACCGGCUAUGUGUAGGAGCGAGUUGCGCGGCACGCCCAGUGGCUACAUCGUAACUCGAGCACAGUGCUGUCCCGGC